GAACAUCCGGUCCAGACCCCGAGUUUUACAAACGACGAGAAUCAGGCCUCAGAGGAGGACGCGACCAGCCCGAGGUCAGAAAGUCAGUCACCCACAACCACCUAGGUCUGGUCUUUCCAAGUGGAGCGCCCUUUGCAUCACCCCGGCCAGGUUUAUCGGUCAACAAAUGUUUGUUUAGUGUUGGUUCAGCGAAUACUUAUUCAGUGUUUAUUAUGCGCUAGAGAGUGAGAAAGGUGAAGAAAAGACUUUAGAGUUCUUGACCCGAGGAUGCUGUCAGAGUAAUUGGAGAGAGCAAAAAACCUGCAGGAAAAGAGGAAGGACUGUGCAAGACCCCGGGGGGACAUUGGACCAGUCAUUUCCCUUCUGGGCUGUUUAAUCUUGUGUAAAAUGAGGAGCCUGGACCAGUCUCUUAAUGAACUCGCCUCCAGCUUUGACAUCCUAGCGUCGUGUUCCCCAUCCUGUUUCCUUCCAACUUGACUGCUUGUUGAGGAUUGAGAAUCGGGAGCUUCGGACCCUAGCUCCAACUCGCUGUGUAACUUCGGACAGUUCAUUUCCUUUUUCUUGUUCUCUUUCCUCCAAUGAGUAAAAUGACGUCGUUGUACCGUAUCUCCACCAGUGCUCUUAUUCCAUGAUGCUGUGUCUUGUUCAAUGAAUAUUCAAAAAACAACAGAGGAGCCCAUAGGCCAGCAAGAAAUCCAGCAUCCUGUGAGCUUUGCAUCCAGAUAGCCAUGGUGCGGGUAGGUGCUGUUCACCAGCCCCUCAGGUGAGAGUCCUCAGCAUAGCCCCGAGCUUCCAAGAUCAUAUAGCCAUGUUAAGCCUUCAGCUGGGAGAGAGCCACCACUGAUAAGAGAUGCUCCCACUGAAGUUCUUGCUCCAGCACAGCCAACUCUUGCUUUGUGUAUUGGCUUCAAGCAAGAGGGCUGGAGCCCAGCCAGGUCAGUGACUGCUCGGUCCCACCUCUGCCGCUCACCUGUGGACAAAAAGGUGUUUGGGGAAUUGCUGUUGCUGCCAAUGGGGAGGUGGACCUUUGGCUUGACCUUCAUCUGGAAGGUGAUGCUGACUCUGGGGCUGGUUCUUCUCUAUUACUGCUUCUCCAUUGGCAUCACCUUCUACAACAAAUGGCUAAUGAAGAGUUUCCACUUCCCUCUCUUCAUGACCCUGCUACAUCUCAUAGUGAUAUUCCUUUUCUCCGCUCUGUCCCGAGUGCUGGCACAGUGCUGCCAUCAGCGCCCCCGAGUGGUGCUGAGCUGGGCCGACUACCUCCAGAGAGUAGCUCCCACAGCAUUGGCAACGGCACUUGACGUGGGUCUGUCUAACUGGAGCUUCCUGUACAUCACCGUCUCACUGUACACAAUGACCAAGUCCUCGGCAGUCCUCUUCAUUUUGAUCUUCUCUCUGAUCUUCAAGCUAGAGGAGCUGCGGGCAGCACUAGUCCUGGUGGUCCUGCUUAUUGCCGGUGGCCUCUUCAUGUUCACUUAUAAGUCCACACAGUUCAAUGGAGAGGGAUUUGCUCUGGUGCUAGGGGCCUCAUUCAUUGGAGGAAUUCGAUGGACCCUUACCCAGAUCCUCCUACAGAAGGCUGAACUAGGUCUUCAAAAUCCUAUUGACACCAUGUACCACCUGCAGCCACUCAUGUUUCUGGGACUCUUCCCCCUUUUUGCUGUUUUUGAAGGUCUACAUUUGUCUACGUCUGAGAAAAUCUUCCGUUUCCAGGACCCAGGGCUCCUCCUGGGGGUACUUGGGUCGCUCUUCUUUGGUGGGAUACUUGCCUUUGGCUUGGGCUUUUCAGAGUUCCUAUUAGUUUCUAGAACCUCCAGCCUGACCCUCUCCAUUGCUGGGAUUUUUAAGGAAGUCUGUACUCUGCUGCUGGCGGCUCAUCUGCUGGGAGACCAGAUCAGCCUGCUGAACUGGCUGGGCUUUGCUCUCUGUCUGUCUGGGAUAUCCCUCCACAUCACCCUCAAAGCCCUCAACUCCAAAGGUGAAAGUGGUCCUAAGCCCCACAAAGGGCCCGUCUCCAGCUCUGACAUGGAACUGCUCCUACGGAACAGGGAGCCUGGUGAUGAGGAAGAUGAAGAUGAAGGAGAAAAGUACUUUGUGGCCCAGGGGCAGUAGUGACCUGCCUGACUGGUAGGGCCUGAUCCAUCCCACCCUUUUCCUGCACUGGUUCUUCUUUGUACAGCAUUGGUAGCCAACCAUGUAGGCAGAUCCAAGUGCCCUGCCUUAUCAGAUGGGCAGCAGUGGGCUCUAUGAUGCCCAGACUCUGGGACUCAGCUGAUAUAAUGUAUCAAUAUGGAAGAUGUUGUGGUGAAAUGGCUGUUAUGGUAGUGUUCUUGGUAUCCAGGACCAAAUGAGAGCUGUAUGGACCAUCAGGGUGAAGUAGAUAUAUUACCAGGCCUUAAGGGCAAGACUUGGGUUGGGGUCACAGUGGAGGAUAGGAAUGGGCUGGUUCCCUUAGAUUGGUUCCCUAAGACCUCCUAGACCAAGAAUUGUCAUAAUUCAAGGGAUAAUCAACAUUAUUAUGGGAAGAAAAUGUGAACUAUAGACUAUUCCCCAGCUAGGGGAAGGUGGAGGGGCUGGGACCUCAGAACCUGGAGAGCUUCUUUGCUCAGAGAGCAGUUUUAUUUAUAGUUUGGAAAUAAAUGCUUUAUGGUUCACUGAC